AUGACAAGAUACAUAGCAUGCAUACACUUACAUAACGGUCAAGUGGACGAUAUUAAAGAUGGCAACUCAAUGAAUAAUGAAAAAUUAAUUACAAAUAUUAAUUCAGCAAUAUAUUAUGUUAAAUUAUUUGCUAAAUAUAAUUGUAUAGGCUCUCAUAUUAUUAAAUUAGGGGAUAAUAAUGAUGCGCUGGCUCAAUUGGUUUUAAAGACAGUUCCUAAUUUUUUCCAAAUAGGAGGAGAUAUAAAUGAAUUCAAUUGUGAAUAUUGGCUAAAAUGGGCAAAUAAAAUUAUUAUAAAUACUUGGCUAUUCAAUGAUGAUGAUGAAUUUUCUUUUAAAAGGUUAGAAAAGAUUUCUAACCUUGUUGGUAGGGAUAAGAUCGUCGUAGAUUUAAGUUGUAGAAAGAUUGCUGAUGGUUCAUGGAUUGUUACAAAGGAUAAAUGGCAAACUUUAACAGAUAUCGAAUUAAGUGAAGAAUUUUUCAAUGAAAUCAGUAUAUAUGCAAAUGAAUUUUUAAUUCAUGCUGCCGAUAUUGAAGGAAUGUGUAAAGGAAUUGAUGAAAAUUUGGUUUAUCAUUUAUAUAAAUGGACAAGAAAUUUACCAAUGAAUCAAUUUAAAAUUGUAUAUGGUGGUGGAGCUCAUGAUAUUACUGAUUUAGCAUUAGUGGAAAGAUUAAGUCAAGGCAGAAUAGAUUUGAGCAUAGGAAAUUCCUUGGAUAUAUUUGGUGGUAAUUUAAUUAUUUUAAAGAAUGUUGCCAAUGGAAUAAAGAUCAUGAAGAGAUGA